AUGUACACAAAGCUAAAAUCUACAGGGAUCUGUGGUACUGAUGAUCAUGUUCUGAAAAAAUUACACCCCAUGAAUUUUCCUUUAGCCCCAGGCCAUGAAGGAGCCGGUGUUGUGGAGAGUAUUGGCAAAGGAGCGAGCUCAGUAACACCAGGUGGAAAAAAAUGUGAUCAAGUCCUCACACUCAUUGUUCCACAGUGUAGAGAAUGCAGUUCCUGUUUGCACCUCAACGGAAACUUCUGUGAGAGACAAGAUGUUAUACCUUCUUCUGGAUUAAUGCUGGAUGGGACCAGGAGAUUUACCUGCAAAGGAAAAAGGAUUUAUCACUCUUUCCGCACCAGCACCUUCACUGAAUACACUGCUGUGCCUGAGAUCGCAGUGGCAAAAAUUGACGCUGCUGCUCCUCUGGAUAAAGUUUGUCUCAUGAGCUGUGAGUUUCCUGCAGGCUAUGGGGCUGCUGUUAACUCGGCCAACGUCACCCCUGGUUCUAUCUGUGUGGUCUUUGGACUUGGAGGGAUUGGCUCAGCCGUUGCCAUGGGCUGCAGAGCCUCUGGUGCUUCUAGAAUCAUUGGAGCUGAUACCAAUGAGGAAACAUUUCCCUGGGAAAGAGCCUUAGGGGUCACUGAUUAUCUCAACCCCAACCUCACGAAGCCAGUCCAGCAGUUGGUCAAGGAAAUGAUGGCUGUUGGUGUUGACUUUGCCUUUGAGGCCAUUGGACUUGUAGAUACCGUGAUUGCUGCUUGGGACUCCUGCAACCCGAGCUAUGGCGUCUGUCUGAUCGUUGGGUUGGCUAAACCAAAUGUACAGCUUUCCCUUGCGGCAGAACUAAUUGACAGUGGAUGGACACCGAAGGUGUAUGUGUAG